AUGGCGUUCUCCACUUGGGUAGUUUUCCUCGGUCUGAUUGCGGUGGCUUCGGCAUUCUCCUUCUUUGAUGUUUGUUUCAAAUGAAUGGCAAAGGAAAAAAUGCUCAGAAAAAGGGGAAAUCUUUGAAAAAAAAAAAGGUGGAAACUGAAGAGGUGUUAUCAUCUCUUGAGUGAUCCCUUAACAGUUUAGAUUCCUUUCUUCAACAUUUGACUACAGAAUAUGUUUCUCUAUUUAGAUUGUAGUAUACUUGAUAAAAACCGUGAAGAGUACUUUAUAUUUAAAUUGUGGUUGAACCGAGAAAAAAUUCAAUAUUUCUUGGCCUAGGCAAGGAAAGUGACGAUAGUACUAGUUUCAGUUGGCUAGGGGACUUUUUUUUUGAUCUCAAUUGAACUUUUAAUGAAACUUCUUGAAGUGUAGUUUAAGACCUUUUUAUUCCGGAACAAGAAAAAUUCUCGCAAUUAAUCUUAUUUCCGAUUUUUGAAUUUUCACAGCUUGCGAAAAAACGCAAGCCACGACCCAAAAAAACCUUUUUUAAUUUUUUGAAGCGUUUGCACUGAAAAACCUGAUCUAUUGCGAGACAUUUAUUUACUUGUUCUGGAAUCAGGAGGUCCGAAAGUACACUCCAGCAAAUUUUCAUCAAAAGAUCAACCAAGGGCUGAUAAAAACUUUCCAAAUAACAUUUUCAAGUUACCGUUUUCCGCAUUCCCUUCACAUAUUACAUAAAGUUGACACUACAAAUGAAAAGAAAACUCUGCAGAAAGACAGUAGCGAAAGCUCCUCGAGCGAGUUUUUCGGAUUGUUCGACAAGGAGAAGAAGACCGAGUCGACGACCAAGCAAUCUGACGACGACGAUUCCUUCGACCCCAAAUUCUUCACCCAAUUGGCAACUAAACGUAGCCCUUUUUUCAAAAUAAGAUCAUUGUUUGGAGUUAUUUGCAGUUCUGCUGAGCGGCCUCUUCAUGGUUGCCCUGCUUGCCGCGGUCGCCACUUCUCGCCGAUUUUCGAGGAGUCGAACUCAGUUGCAAAACGAAAAAGAAACUCCGAAGGAAGUUGUCUGA